AUAAACGUCAAAAGAUUUUGGUUAGCAAAAGUGGAAAAAUAUUGUUUCACAGAUUUUUUCCACGAAUAUGAAUGAUUUCAAUCGAUGCAAUAAAGUUCCAGGAGUAUAUUGGCUUAAGAAAGAUGUCAGAGAUUUACAAAUAAAAAUAAAACUAAAGCGUCAAGAGAGCAUAAUAUCUCUGCCAAAAUUCGAAGACUGCACAAACGGCUCUAACGUUUUAAAAUUAGAAAACAAUACAGAGGAAUACUCUUUUAAAUGGCAAGAGAAAAUAUUCAGCAUAUGGGAAGUGCAACGGUAUUCAGACGUCCACAAUUGCAUUACAGAAGCAGAAUUAAAUUAUCAUGAGGGUAUAGACAAUAUAGAAUAUAAGCCGGGGAAAGUAUUUACUUAUGUGCAUGAGGACUAUUACUUGCCUUUGCCAAUAGACUGUAAUAAAAAAGAAGAUGGCCUCCUUACUCUUUUAAUGGAGAAGUUGAAAUUAAAUGAUUCUAUUGAUAAGGCUUUUGUGGGUGAUACAGUAUCGACAACUGUAUUGUUCAAGAGUGAAGAAAAUGUGUCGGCACAAGAACAAUGGACUGCGAUGCAUGUUGUGUUUGAUAAUUCUGAUUAUAAUGAGGACUCGCAGCUGAUAUACAAGCAGGAACUAACGCUCCUCUCCAUCUACCACAAUACGGCACAUAACUAUAUCAUCAUGAUGCCCGAUGUGAACAACUUGGAACUGAACCCGUAUACCCUGGAGACUACCGCUGGUGUACCAUGGGGCUAUCAGUACGGUAUUGAGAUGGAUUUCGAUUGUGAAAGUGGUGAAGAGUUAGUAUUGUUGCUAAAGAAAUUACACAAGAGAUGGGAGAAGAAACAGAAACAUUUGCUGAACUUUGUGAUGCCCCCUGUCGGCAAGAAACAGUACUAUGUUGCAAUAGAAAUAUUAUCUGCUGUGGAUUUCGAUAUGGACAACUUGUACAUACAGUUUGAUAUAAAGGUACCCGAAGACAUCCAAUGCACAGACACUCUUCAAGGAAAAACGCACACUAGUGAAUCUGUGAUGGUGGAAGGAGAAAAAAUAUGGACUUACAGUCAUAUCAUAGAACUUUGUUUAGAAGUUAACACUGGCAUUGAGCCCCCUCCAAUAAAAUUAUUCCUAGAAGUAAUAUCAUCAGACUGGUGGGACCGCCACCGUACCGAAGGGUACUGCUUCUUACCCCUUCACCUGAACCCUGGCUGCUACGCCAAGGAGCUGGUCUGCAGCAGACCUGAGGAGUCCGAUGUAGUGGAAGCUGAGAGCCGGCGGUUCUUUCUAGGAGGAUGCCAUUUGAUCAAGGAUUUGGAUGUACUUGCUGAGCCGCUGCUGCAGGACACAAACUACACUUUCACUACAACUGGCUCAAUCAACCUUCGGUGGAACAUCAUAUCUCAAGCACAAAUCGGAGGUCUAGUAGCGCCACCUGCUCAACCAGGGACCAGCACAGCAUCAGCACUACUCCUGGGUGCUGAAGCGGCAUUGAAGAAAUAUAAGAAGGCCAGGGCAAGACUUGCAGCGGCGACGAAGGAUCUUAAUGAAGUACAAUAUGGGGCUGGUGAUAGAUAAAUGAUGAUGAUGAUGGACGGCAGCUGUUCUCAUGUAAGGAGAUUAGUCAACUUAGUGCACAAGCAUUUGCGCUGACACAGGUGCACUCACUAUUCCUUCACUCUCAUAACCCGAUGGGACGGCAAUCCGACACGACCGGAGAUCAGUAGGACCUGAUAGACAAUGUAGGGUUUUGAUAGAACUGUAAAGACAUAUCGAGGUUUUA